AUGAGAAGCAUGCACUGGUUUUAUGCUUUACUUCUGGUGUGUGCAGCUAUCUGCAUCAGGGAAGCCUGUGGUGCAUGUGGAGUCCGGAAGAACGGGUAUUUUUCACCCAACCAGCUCAAUGCAUCAUUGGCAGAAUUCCCUUGGCAGGUGUCUGUGAAUCUUGGUGGACGCCAUAUCUGCUCAGGCACCAUUAUUAGUGAAUUUUGGAUUGUGACUGCUGCCCAGUGUGUUACUGAAACGGGAGGUAAAUCUCUGUUGGAGGUUGGGCUGAUUACCUUUAAGGUAAAAGGCAGGCUUUAUCCAGUAAAGACAAUAUUGUCGAAUAGGGCAUACAGUCCAGAGACAUCGGAAAAUAACAUCGCCCUGCUGGAAAGCUCUGAAAGCAUCAAGUUUGAUGACUUGGUCCAACCAGCCUGCUUCCCUGUGGAUGAAGAUCUCCUAAUGGAUCAACUAAGUAACUGCUGGGUGACCAGUUGGAGAGAACAUGACAAAGGUAGCUUUGCUGUGUUGGAAAAGUUGUCAGCGGCCCCCACAGAACAGUGUCGUUUCAAUGACACAGAAAACAUCAUGUGCGCCAUGAUCAACGAUAUGCCAGAUGAAGCAGACUGUAUGGUGAAGAGUGGCGACUCCUUGGUUUGCCAAUACGGAGAGAGCAAAGCCUGGACUCUGGUUGGUAUCGCCAGUGAUAGAUCAUCAAAUUGCUCAAAAACAAUGUUGUUCACCAGGGCAUCAUAUUAUAUCACUUGGCUUGAAGAGAUCACAGAGGCCGAGGCCAAGCCUGUUGUUCCUGGAAUUAAUCCAGAAGAAGAAACAUCACGCAAAAGCCUUCUAACCAAUAACACCAUGCUUGAUCCUGAGGAAAUCCCAGACCUUGUAAUUGGAGAAGACAAAGCUCCCGGAACCGCCAUGUCUGCUUGA